UCUACUGUUGCAAAUGGUGGAUUGCGUUACUUUUUCUCGUGCUCUGUGUAAAAUAUUUACGUAAAAUAGUGUUAAUUUCGUGGUGCAGUGUUUCUGACUAACGUAAACAUGUCGGAAACACUGCCGAAUAACAAAAAACAAGUGGCAAGGCAGCUGCGUGAACGCAAACAGCGGAAACUCUACUCUGAUGAAUGGGCUCUUGGAGACGAUGAAGCAGAAGGUGGUCGUGGAUUCUCCCUUGCAGAUAAACUGGAGAGUCCCAGGUUUGAGCAUCCUGGCUCCGUCCUUGAAAUGCAUGGUUCUGAAAUCACAGUGUCAUAUCUACAGAAAAAUGGAUUCACCACUCCUUUGUUAUUUAAAGAGAAAACAGGAUUAGGUUUGAGAGUGCCAACGAGCAACUUCACAGUGAACGAUGUGCGCAUGUGCGUCGGCUCGAGGCGUCUGCUCGACGUCAUGGAUGUCAACACACAGAAAAAUAUCGAGAUGACCAUGAAGGACUGGCAACGUUAUUAUGAUGAUCCGAAUAAGGAGAGGCUUCUGAACGUAAUAUCGUUAGAGUUCUCGCACACGCGCCUCGAGAACUAUGUGCAGGCGCCCCGUAUAGUCCGGCAGGUCGACUGGGUUGAGACAGUAUGGCCGCGGCACUUAAAGGAUCAACAGACUGAAUCGACCAAUGCUCUGGACGACAUGAUGUACCCUAAGGUACAGAAAUAUUGCCUGAUGUCUGUUAAAGGAUGCUACACAGACUUCCACAUUGACUUCGGUGGUACCUCUGUAUGGUACCAUAUUUUGAGAGGAGCAAAAGUAUUCUGGCUUAUUCCGCCCACUGAAAAGAAUCUGCAGUUGUAUGAAAAGUGGGUGUUGUCUGGUAAACAAUCGGACGUCUUCUUCGGGGAUACGGUUGAAAAAUGUAUUAGAGUUCAUUUGCAAGCCGGCUAUACAUUUUUCAUCCCGACCGGCUGGAUCCACGCUGUGUACACUCCUAGCGACUCCCUCGUUUUUGGUGGCAACUUUUUGCACCAGUUUGGGAUCGAGAAACAGUUGAAAAUAGCCCAAGUGGAAGAUGUCACUAAGGUCCCUCAAAAGUUCCGCUACCCGUUCUUCACGGAAAUGCUAUGGUAUGUGCUGGACCGAUAUGUUAGCGCGUUGCUGGGCCGCUCACACUUGACCCUCGAGGGGCAAGCUGCGCCGCUCAAUUCUCCGCUGGCCGCCCCGCUCGCCGCUCCUGCCGAACAUGUCCAUCUCACACAGAAUGAACUCCACGGACUUAAGGCGAUAGUAAUGUACCUGCAUCAGUUGCCGGCUGCGCGCAAGUCUGUACCAGAACUUUUGUCGGAUCCGAUCGCUCUUGUGCGUGAUGUACGCACACUGGUCGAACAGCAUCGUCACGACAAACAACACCUUGCGGUCACUGGUGUGCCUGUACUCAAAGGUCCUGAGGAGACGCCAGGGUCGGAGAGGCGGCAGUCGAGCGGACGUGGAGGUCGCGGUGGUGCUGGCCGUGGUGGUCCGGCCCGGCCUCGACCCGAACACGCAAAUAAUGCACCCCGUCGCAGGCGCACCAGAUGCAAGAAAUGCGAGGCAUGCCAACGUACAGACUGUGGCGAGUGCGUGUUCUGCCACGACAUGGUCAAGUUUGGUGGACUCGGUCGAGCAAAACAGACGUGCGUCAUGCGACAGUGCUUGCAGCCCAUGUUGCCGGUAACAGCGUCAUGUGCAGUUUGCCACCUGGACGGGUGGAUGCAGACGCCGGUCGCGCCGCAGGCAAAGGGUAACUCUGGACGUAACGGUCCAUCGUCGUUGCGCGAGUGCUCGGUGUGCUACAGCAUCGUGCACCCGGGCUGCGUGCCCCCCGGCGGACAGCUCAACGAGGACCUGCCCAACUCCUGGGAGUGCCCUACCUGCACCACCAUGGGACUUAACCAUGAUUAUAAGCCUCGUCAUUUCCGCGCGCGUCAAAAGUCUUCUGAUCUCAGACGUGUGAGUGUCGGCUCAGAUGUCAGCCAACUCAGUCAGCAUCACGGCAAUUUGCAGAAUAAACUACCUCCACCACCACCGCCUUUGACCGUUAAGUCGGAAGCGGGAUCAGACAGCGAGGGAAAGAAUGAGGUGCCACAUAUCAAAACUGAAGAUGAUAUAAAACGUGAAGACUCAGGUUCCGGGGGCGAAGGCGCGGAGGGCGGUGAAGGCGGAGCGUGGGAGCCGGCCGCUAAGAAGCGGCGGCCCUCCGACGAAGACGACGCACCCAAGAAGCAGGCCCUCAGGACUCACCAUGCUCUGCAACUUACACAUCACACUGCUAAGAUAUUAAAGAAGCCGCUGUACCCGGUGCGGCCGGCGCCGCCGGUGGGUGCGGCGGUGACCAACACUGGGUCGCCUUGGCUCGACCGCGAGGCCAUGCUGCGUGUCUUCGCCAAACUGCUACCCGCCGAGCUGGCCACGUGUGCGCUCGUCUGCAAAGCCUGGGCUGAGUACUCCAUGGACCCGUCGCUGUGGCGCAGCAUGUCGUUCGUGCAGGUCCGCGUGUCGGCCGCGCAGCUAGCCGGCAUCGCGCGCCGCCAGCCGCUGUCGCUCGGCCUCGAGUGGUGCCACCUGGCACGCAGGCAGCUCGCAUGGUUACUGGCCCGUCUGCCAGCGUUGCGGUCAUUGUCGUUGGCGGGAUCACCGGCGGAAGCUGCAUUGGCUCUACGAUCAUCAAGUUGCCCGCCACUAACAUCGCUGGAUCUGUCGUUCGCGCGGUGUCUGGAUGACGCUAAGUUACGUGGCAUCCUCGCGCCGCCAGAGAACUCGCGGCCCGGUGGUGGCGCUCGCACCGGCGCAGAACCGUCGCGGCUUGCUGCACUCACUGUGUUACGGCUUCCCGGCACUGAUAUCACGGACGUCGCCAUGAGAUACGUGGUGCAGGCGCUGCCGAAGCUGUGCGAGCUGGACGCGUCGUCGUGCGCGCGGCUGACGGACGCGGGCGCGGCGCAGCUGGCGCACCACGCGCUGCAGCGCCUGUCGCUGGCCGGCUGCCGCCUGCUCACCGAGGCCGCGCUCGACCACCUCGCGCGCUGCCCCAACCUCGUCAGACUCGAUCUCCGACACGUGCCUCUCGUCUCCACGCAAGCUGUGAUCAAAUUCGCUGCGAAAUCGAAGCACAAUCUCCACGUAAAGGAUGUGAAGCUAGUGGAGUUGCGGAAGACCUGAUCCGAGGAGCCGACCUCACUGGCGGACACCGCCUGAACCUCUAGUGUAGUCCUCGUACCGAUGGCAAUGGAAUGACAGCCUUAUGUUCAACGCUUUGAGAGUUAUUCUCUAUUAUUACAACCUAUCCAGGUGAACUUAUGAAACUAUGAAAGUAUCAAAACUUUACCACAGGUGUUCUCCCCUUAGAGUAUAGGGUUUUUAAUUGGGAGAUUUCCUUAUAAUAUUUGCUUGACCUUUGUUUUCCUAAUCAUUGUCAUUUUGGGGUCAGGAAAAUAAAAAAAAAGUAGUGCACGUCAUAUUGCUUUAGUUCAGAGUUUUUGUUUCAUUUAGAAUGCUAAAUUCAAUCUGAAUUGUGAGUUUUAUUCAUUUUUGACUUAUAAGGUAUCUCUCGAUUGUUUUGUUUUUUUUUUGGUUCCACAUUUGUUGGUUUAAUAUAGAAAUGAAGCUGGGGAAAUUGUUUCAUAAUAUUGUCAAUGCGACCUGUGAAUUAUAUUACAGUAUUGUAUAUCAAGCUUAAUAAGUUUGUUUUGUUUAGAAUUCAACAAAGCAUAAUAUGAUACAUAACCUGAAUUCGAAUAAUUUUGCUUACAUUUAGUGUUAACGUUUUAUGCCAUUUCACUAUUAGGUGCCAAUAUUUAAUUUAGUUUAAACAUUCAUUACCUUAAUCUUCAAAUUGUUGGCUACACUGAGUAAGUAUUACACAUAACAUAUCAAAGCGCUUCGUUCCUGACCUAUCGGCACGAGUUAUUAAUGUAGAUAUUGAAACAAAGACUUGAAUAAGCCUAUGCUAUUAAAGUGAUACGAUUUCUAAUGUUUAGUAAAUUAGAAGAAUUCUGGAAAGAGUAAAUGUUAGAAUAUAAUUGUCAUUUGAUAUAACCAAAAAUUUCAAGCCAUCCAAAAACGAGGAAUAGUAUUUACUUUUUGUUUUUACUUUUUUCUUUGACUGUACUUUCGUGUUAUUAGUUCCAAGGGAUUUUGGUAUAAAACUAUAAGGCCUAUUUCACAGGUUACUUAUGUAUGAAUGAUACACAAUACAAGUAUUGGCUCACGAAUUAAGUAAUGAUUAUUGCACCUCGUUAUUAAUUUCACACGUGGUAUAUUUGUUAAUGUAAUCAUGCUCCUUGCCCUCCCUUUUAUAACAUUCCUUUGAUAACAUUUCAUUAUUUGACGCAUUUCUAAAAGUGUUUUUUUCUACUUAUACCUUUAUUUGCUUACAAGAUGAUGUAGAAAAAUGUGUAACAAUAUUAAAUUAAAACUGUUUUAACUGUUGGAGAAAUUGUCAAAUAGAAUUGAGUGCUACUGCUAUAAACUUAAAGAAUAUUAUUUUUUAUAUCAUUAAUCUGUAUGUCGAUUAUUCAAAUUAGAUCAUUUAUCUACCUACAUUAAAAUUACUCUAUAUUACUGGUUGUAUGGUAAGUUGGCGUUUUUUUUUUCGCGUAUACCUGUGGAAUAGGUGCUCAUUCGUUUCAUUUACAGGGAUGACGACACCAGUCACUUUUAUUAAGUUCGUCUAUAUACAAUUCAGUGCCAACAUAAAAUUGUAAACAGCACAUUAUUAAUGCACAACUAAAUAUCUAAUGAUGAGUAUAUGAGAGUUAUCGAUAUUAAUUUUAUUGCAUGCUGUUGCAUUGGUAUUAUAUUUUAUUGUUAAUUAUAUGGUACUUCCUUAUUUACCAGACGCAUUGUUAGACUAUGAGAGGCUUAAAUUCUGAGUCUUGGAAUGUUUAUAUGUUGGUAAAAGUGAUACAAAUUUUAAUUGCAGUUUGUGUAAGAUUUUUUAAUCGUUAAACUGUAUCUCUGAAGUACCAGUACAUACUUUUUAUAAUUUUCACAUUCGAUCUAGUAUUUUCCGAGUCGUCUCUCCUGUUGGUAGCCAUUGUCUCUUUUACUUAGUACUGAAUAUAUUUUUCUUAAGGAUUUAUACCCGCUUCCUAAUAUAGCACGGUUAUACUACUAAGGAAUUCGUUUACUGAUUUUUUUGUAUUUAUAUUCAAUUUAUCAAGAACAAACUGCUAUUGAAAUGACGUAGUUCACUUUUAGCAACUGGUAACCUUUUUUAUCUAAGUUUUUUUUGUUGUAUAUUUAUCUCUUAAAUCAGAUCAAAAAGAAAUGUUUUAGUUCAUGACAAUUUAAAUGGCUUAGGUUGUAUUUUGUUUAGUUCUAGUCGCUUAUUAGUUUUAAGUUAUUGUUAUUAUGAAUAACUGACUGCGCCGAGUUCUGUAAAUAGUUGUGUUAAUUUGAAAUAGAGAGGGAUAAUAAUUAGGGCUAAUCCCUCUGUAUUAUUUAUUUGAAAUGUUUAAUUAAUUCGAAGUUAUUUUGAUUUAAUUAAAUAGUUUAAAUCAUUAAUUUUCUAUACUAUUAGAGAAAUAUUGACUUAGUAGCAUUGACUACAUUAUUAUUCAACAUGAUUUUGUAUUAUUCACUGGUUUACUUUAUACUAUCUCGUUAUAUUUCCAUAAAAAUCCGAAACAUUCAAUUCAUGAUAGAUCAAAAAUAAUUUGCUCUACUAGACGAGGUAUAUUUCUAUUUGCGAUGUCGCAAAUUUAAAAUCUAAAUUGUAAGUUUAUUAUUGCUGGGCACGAUCCAAAUUCUAAAUUUUCUUUUUUUUUUUUUUUUUAAAUAUGUCGGUCUUUAGUACAAUACCGCGUAGGACCGAAAGGUGUCUGAGAUUUUUAUAUACUGUGUGUUGAUUUGUUUAUUUAGACUGUCCUAUAUAAUUUUGCUCCCUAAGUCUUAUUCCUUUAUUUUUUUAGUAACUUAGUUUGAUGUAGGAUUUUCUUAAAUAAUCUGAAAAGCUUUUAGUCUACUGUAUGUUUACUUUUACAUACAAACUUCAUAUGAGUCGUUAUAUAUACGUUUAUAUUUAUAUAAAAACGAUAUCCAGUAGAAAUGUACUUUAUUUAAGGAGAGGAAAAGAAGGAAUACUUUGAAUAUUGAAAAUAAAAACUUUUAUUAUACUUUUAUUGGAAGCCAGAUAUGUUCUUAACUGAAUUGAUUUAGUUUUGUUUCAUGUAUGAUUAUACAAAUGUUAACUUGCUAAGUAGUUCAACGCACAGGAUAGGAACAUAGGUGUAUUCCAAGAGUUCUUGCAUUAUAGUGCACUUCAGGAAGCCUUUUGAUUAGAAAGCUGAGUAUUCUAUUUGUAUAAAUCAGCAAAAUUGUGUUGUUUAUAGAAUUUAUUCCUAUAGCACGUCGAUAUUAAAUUCAAUGUCAUCAAAUUU